ACUCCUGCUAGCAACUUGCAUCGGUGCACCGGUGCAUGUGCAUCGCGACGAAACGGUAUCAAAGAUUUACGUGUUUUGCCCAUCAGUCAUCGGUAUUCCGGCUACAAGUAGAGAGUCGUUUUUUCGCGAUUUAGUUUGGUGCGACUUUGAGAAAGGAAGUGAGAAUCCAGGUAAUGGCGUGUCGUGCAGCGAGCAUCCUUCCGGCGAGCAUCCUUCCGGUCCAGGGUAAAAGCGGCGGCAACAGCCAGCGGCUGAUUGCUGCAUACAGCAGCAGCUGAGUGGAAAACACGGCGAGCCCACCAUAUUGCACAAAGCAACCGGCCCGGCAAAGAUGUUCGUUUACGGUAGGAUCGUCAGCCAAUUGCCCUCCAGGCUCACACAUGUGAAUCACUUGUAUCGACCUGUAAAAUAUGCCGGAGUUGUAAAUAUUAAUAACUUACGCCACAAUAGUGAUGCAAGCAAUAAAAAGCCACAUAAGCCAUCAGGUACCACUGUCAAGCCAGAGGAAUGUGUGCCUGAAUCUAAAUAUCUCAAGUCACAAAAAACAAUUCCUGUCUGUGAAACUGGAGCGUCUUGUCCAGCACCGCAAGAAAGAUGCAAACCGAACAGCAAACAGAUUCAACUAAACGAGAAAGGCUCAGAUUUUAGAAAAAAUGGAAAAUAUCAAUUUAGCUACUGGCACCUAGUUGCUGCCUUAAUUGUGACAGGAGUUGCAUACAAGAUAUCUUCAUCUUUUUUGAAAGAUGACAAAACAGAUCAACAGAAAGGCCAAAGUAAACAAAAAAAAGAAGGAAGAAGGCAUUUGAGAUCUAAAAACAAAGUAAAAGUUCCAGCAGAUUCCAAAUUAAUCCUCAAAGAAGUUCCUUAUCUAUUGAUAGGUGGAGGAACGGCUGCAUUUUCAGCAUUUAGGUCAAUUAAAUCUAGAGAUCCCAAAGCUAAGGUUUUAGUUAUAGCACAAGAGGAAGAAUUUCCAUAUAUGAGGCCACCGUUAUCUAAAGAACUUUGGUAUAAUACAGAUAGAGACACAACUGCACAAUUACGUUUUAACCAAUGGAAUGGUACUCAGAGAAGUAUAUUUUAUGAGCCACGAGAGUUUUACUCAAAUGUUACUAAUCUUACCGAAUCAGAUAAGGGUGGAGUUGCUGUAGCCAUGGGUUGGAAAGUAACAAAAAUUGAUGUUAUAAAUCAAAUUGUGACUCUCGAUAAUGGUUAUGAAAUAAAUUACAACAAAUGCCUCAUUGCAACUGGCGCAUCGCCUAAAAGUCUGCCGAUAUUCGAAUCUGCUGAGGACAGCAUAAAAGAUAAGAUUACAACGUUCAGAACGAAAGAUAAUUUUCUUGAUUUGGAAGAAAAUGUUUCUAAUCCUAAAUGCAAGAAUGUUGUUGUUAUUGGUGGUGGAUUUCUCGGUUCGGAACUUGCUUGCGCACUCGCUAGGAGUUAUAAAUCUAAAAAUAUUUUCCAAAUUUAUAAAGAAAAAUUUAUAAUGGCACAAGUAUUGCCAGAAUAUUUGAGUGAAUGGACCACAAAAAAAGCUGAAACAGAAGGCGUUCGCACCAUAUCUAACACAGAAGUUCAAGAUUAUAAAUACAAAAAUGGUCGAUUGUCCCUUGUCCUCACUGGUGGUCAGACUAUUGAUGCUGAUCAAGUGAUAGUAGCGGUAGGUGUUCAACCAAAUACAGAUUUGGCAACAACUUCCAAUUUAGAGACAGACCCUAAAAUAGGAGGAUUCCUCGUUAAUGCUGAAUUAGAGGCGAGAAGCAAUCUUUGGGUUGCCGGAGACGCCGCAUGUUUCUAUGACGUCAAACUUGGUAGAAGAAGAGUCGAACAUCAUGAUCAUGCAGUUACUUCCGGAAGAUUAGCAGGUGAAAAUAUGACCGGCGCAGGUAAACCUUAUCUGCAUCAAUCGAUGUUUUGGUCAGAUUUGGGACCUGAUGUAGGAUAUGAAGCGAUAGGUAUCGUAGACUCAUCUUUGCCAACUGUUGGAGUUUUUGCAAAAACGACGGGAGCAAACGCGAUACCGGUUAAUAAUCCUAGCGAUGAACAAAAAACAAAUUCUGUAGUCUCGCAAUCUAAUGAAAAAUCGGAGUCACAGAUUGUAAAAAAUAAUACAGAAGAUAACGCAGAAGAAGAAAAGAAAGAAGUACAUGGAGAUAAAGUAAAGCCAGAGCAAUCUACGAAAUACAAAGAUUUUGAGAAGGGUGUUGUUUUCUAUCUGCGAGAUGAUGUUGUAGUAGGAAUAGUUCUGUGGAAUAUCUUCAACCGAAUGUCGAUUGCCAGACGGGUUCUUGCAGGAAACACGAAGUAUGACGAUUUAAAUGAAGUAGCAAAACUUUUCACAAUCCACGAAGAUUGAUUGUUUAAUUAACAAAUAAGAGUGUGAAUGACAAUAUUGAGAGAUUAUUGUACCGUAUAUGUGUAAAAAGGUAUUUGAUUUCUGCGUUUGAGGUAUUAUCAUUGGAAAAUCUGCAAGCGACAGCUCUUAUAUCGUUGGAUUUCGCAGGUAUGCGGAUUAUACAAGUACCAGUCAAUGUUAUGUUGUAUACAUGAAGAUUUCUAAAUACAAUCUAAUACACAAAAUGUU